AUGAAGGUCUUUCUUACCAAUCCUCUCUUUGCAACGGCUCUUGCUGGUUUGAGCUUUUGCGCCGGCCAGACCAUCUACACGGAGUACAGUGAGUGAAACGUCGACCUCUUUGCUCGGCCCUUGCUGGACCUUCAAAGCUGACCAGACCGCGCCACGCCAGGAGUGACUCACGAGCCACCCGGGCUGAACUUCGACGGCCAAGUCAAAGUGUGGACCUCGACGUGUCAGACACUUGCAGGACAGCCAACGGUAGCACUGCUCCAGUACGCCCAUGCAAAUGGCGGCAUAUAUGCUUUUUGCAACACUGGAGCACCGUAAGUAACGCUACCGAGCGGUUGAUUCCGAGAUUCCUGCAACGAUGUGACAACGCGCGUAUACUUUUUCGCAGAGCUUACACCGAGUAUGGACCCGCUACGAGAACGAUCCUCGAGGGCCAGUAUCCUGGUUGGGGAUUUGAAGUCACCUCGGAUUGA